AUGGAAAACAGAAAGGAGAUGGGGAUGCUGGCUGAGGGAGGUCAGCUUGGCAAGAGCGGCGCUAGUUUGUCGGAAGCAAACGAGACCCCCGUGCAAGAACCGCAAGCAAAGCCGGGCCACAGGAACUGUUUGAGCCCCGGGGCUGCGCCCUAUUCCCGGGACAGAACCGAGAUGGUGGAGGACAGCCCACGGAGGAAUAUGUGCGCCGAUAUGAGGCCGGUUGGCACAUCCUCCUCUGGAGAAAGGCAACGGACUGAUUAUCCCCACAAAGACGGCAGCAGCUCAGACACCGAGUCGGACUUCUACGAGGAAAUUGAUGUCAGCUGCACGCCUGAAAGCAUGGACUACCAAAAAGCUAAAGGUAUGUGUAGGCUAGAUUCUCCGGCUCACCCGAGUGAUUCUGGUGCUGGCCCAGGUAAGACUGUCCCGGGUCAAGGCUCUUUGUCCUACGCAGCAGACCAGAUUCGGCGGUACCGGACAGCGUUCACCCGGGAGCAGAUCGCUCGGCUGGAAAAAGAAUUUUACCGGGAGAACUAUGUAUCCAGGCCGCGGCGAUGUGAACUGGCUGCUGCCUUAAAUCUACCUGAAACCACCAUCAAGGUGUGGUUUCAGAACCGCAGGAUGAAAGACAAACGUCAGCGUCUGGCCAUGACGUGGCCUCACCCCGCCGACCCGGCCUUCUACACCUACAUGAUGAGCCACGCGGCAGCCACAGGGAACCUUCCUUACCCCUUCCCGUCCCACCUGCCUCUACCUUACUACUCCCACCUGGGUGUGGGAGCUGGCUCAGCUCCUUCGGCCACUCCUUUCUCCAACCCCCUGCGCUCCCUCGACAGUUUCCGGAUGUUGUCUCACCCCUACCAGAGGCCGGAACUCCUUUGCACCUUCAGACACCCCUCUCUAUACUCGAGUCCGACCCACGGCCUCGGUCCCGGAGGAAGCCCCUGCUCAUGUCUGACCUGUCACUCCAGUCAAUCCAACGGCAUCUCGAGCAGGCCCUCCGGCUCGGACUUCGCUUGCUCCCCAACUAGCAGGACUGACGCUUUUGUAACUUUCACGCCUUCAGUGCUCAGCAAAUCAUCUGUGACAUUAGAUCAGAGGGAAGAAGUGCCUCUGACCAGAUAAAACCAAAACAACUAACUGUUGUUCUAUAU